AAACCUGAACGCUUGCUUUCACUUUUAUAGAAAGCCUUUGUUUCUCUCCUCUCUCAUCUUUUCAAUGUGGGAUCUAGAGUCGAAUUAAAGUAUCCUACCGACUAUUAGGAGUAGCGAUUAAAGUAUUUUUCGUAAGUACGAAGAUCGUCGCCCCGUGUCAUGCUAAACGCAUCCUCUGAAUUUCACAUUGCUCCCCCCGCCCCCAACCUCUCUCUUCCCUACGUACUCCAUCGUAGAUUCUCUGUCCGUACAAUCCCACCGGCCUCUGCCUUUUGCUUGAUCAAGACGUUGCGUUGCGCACAAGGAGUUCCUUCCUCAUUUUCAUCAUUUUCUCUGUUCGUGUGUGUCUGAGAGAGAUCGGAAGCAGAAGAAGCGAAGGUGGAUUCGUGGAUUGACUGACUGAUCGAAGCUUCUUAGAUCGACGAUUACUUUCGAAGGGGAAGAAGGAAAUGGUGGAGGACAAAGGGAUUGGGGAAGUUGAAAAGGAGUCUGCGGCUGGCGGUGCUGCUACGACGACUAAUAAUAGUAAUAAUAAUGAGGUUGGGAAGAAGAAGCAGCGGGGACUUCUUUCUCGCGUUUGGAAGGGAAUCUUUAGACUACAUGGUGAUGAUUUCGAAAAGAGACUGCAGUACAUUUCUAAGGAAGAAGCCGCUGUUCUCAACAGAACGAAGCGGAGAUCCCGGACUUGGAGGCGGAUGACCCGUAAUCUUAUCAUAUUCUCUGUCAUUCUUGAGGUUGUUGCUAUUAGUUAUGCUAUAAUGACAACAAGAUCAAUGGACUUGAACUGGAAGAUCAGAGCGUUCAGCGUUUUGCCGAUGUUUCUUUUCCCUGCUUUAUCUUUUGUUGCUUAUUCGGCAUUUAUAAGCUUCAUAAGGAUGUGUGAUAGGAUGGACCAGAAAACUCUGGAAAGACUUCGGGCUGAAAGGCAGGCAAAAAUUGAUGAGCUUAAAGAGAGGACAAAUUAUUACACUACUCAGCAGCUUAUUCAGAGAUAUGACCCUGACCCAGCAGCAAAGGCAGCUGCUGCAACUGUUCUUGCAUCUAAGUUAGGUGCAGAUUCGGGCCUGAAGUUGUAUGUGGAAGAUGAGUCAAGGCUUAAUGCUCCAACAGGGAAAAGCAAUGAUGCUGAAUUUGUGCAAACUGGUGGGCUUCGAAAUCGGAAACAAGUGCACACCAGUUCCAACAGUUCAGGUGGCACUUCAUUGCAUCAUUCUGAUGAGGAAACACCUCGUUCUGAGGGAACUGAGGGUCCGCAGACUUCCGAGCAUAAUCACCUGGUAGUUAGCCAUAGUUAUCCUCAGGAAUCAGCCACACAGGAUGGAGGAUGGAUUGCUCGAAUUGCAGCAUUACUUGUGGGCGAGGAUCCAACUCAAUCCUAUGCACUCAUUUGUGGCAACUGCCAUAUGCACAAUGGACUUGCCAGGAAGGAGGAUUUCCCAUUCAUUACUUAUUACUGCCCACAUUGUCAUGCUCUAAACAGGCCAAAACAGUCCGAGGAGGAGCAUGUUUCCGGGUCCAAUACCCUCAAUAUCGGCUCCCUCAGAACAGGGGGCAGUGAUUAUGUAAUCAACGAUCCCAGUCCUUCUACGAGCGACAGUGGUUUGACAACUGCCAGCCCUGUAAGAGCUGGUUCAGAGAUUGAGGAAAUAAUCGAAAAGGAAACCUCCGAGCAGGGUCAAUCAGGUUGGUAAGAUGAGCCGACCAACUACGGAAGCAAAAACAAAAGAUACAGACAAGAGGAUAGUGUUGAUAUCUUCUGAAAUAUUGAGGGUGUGUGGCCAAAUAUACACGAGGAAGUGGCAGCUCUAGAAAGAUGAGAAAGAAUGAUGGCAACAUUUUGCUUUGGGAGAAGAAACAAUUAACAUAAAAACUGGGGUGGGAGUACCACUUUCUCUGCAUAUUUUUACAUCCCAUAAAGAUGGAGAGAAAUCAUUUUAUUUUUGCAUAAGCCAUCUUCAUCUGGUUCAGGCUUUCUGUCUCUUACUUGUAUCCUCUUCAUACAUCGAUUCUAGGUAUGCUUAUAUGCAUUCCUGUCUGCUCAAUGCUACUGAUUCCUUUGACAUAAUUGAUUUUCUUUGGGAUGUACUAAAGGAUUGUAAGUUCAGCAUAAUGGGGGUCCUACACUGGCCAAUGAUGACUACUACAUGGAUUGCCUUGGCCUUGUUGAUGGAUCUUGAACUGUGGUGUUUGGUGAUAGCUAUAGGGAUCUAAGAACAAUAAUGAAGCAAAUUGCAAAUAAGGCAGAUCAAGGGUACCGUGUGGAUGGAGCGUAUUAUAUAUCUAAAACAUGGUAUGGCUGCAAACUCUAAUGCUUCCCAUAAUUUGCCCCUGUGAUUUGCUAGCUUAUUGUAAUGAGUAAAAGCAUAUGACUGCCAGUGGUGAAUCUUUUCUCGUCUCAAAAAUCUACCGAGCAAGAGAAAAGUAAUUAGUUUCAGAUGAUGCCAUAUGAUAUGGGUAGAAGAAAAAAGUUUUUUUUCCUUA